CUGUGUUGUUUUGGUCUGGAAAUUUUUGCAAAACUUGGAGUUUUCAGCAAUUUCUCCCAAUUUUCGUGAAUUUCGUUAUAAAGAUUCGUGAUAAGAGCAAUUUCAAGUCGUUUCCCAACUGCCGCACUCGUAAUCGGUGGAAAAUUAAGCCAGCAAAGUGCAAGAGACUGCGGAAAACCCAACAAGCCAACCUGAACGCGAAAAAAUCUAGAAAAAGACGAGGUUGAAAAAGGAUUUUAAAGAAGCCACGAGGAAUUGUUGCUGGUGAAGGCAGAUUUUCGGCACCACAGAGAGGAUGGCCAACGCAGAGGCCAUUCAGGUGAGCUCGCUGCCGCUGCCGCCAGCGCAGUACAUAAACCUGUACACGGACGACAACAUCCGCAAGAACCGCGCCCCGAAACCACCGGCCCCGAUCCAAGAUGCCUACACCAUGUUCGGCAGCCCGUUCAACAACGACGACAACAUCAUCCGGCCGCUGGAAAUCCAGGGAUUCAAGAGGCUCUACCCGCAGCACUUUGACCGCCGGAAGGAGCUGAAGAAGCUGAAUCACUCGCUGCUGGUGAAUUUUCUCGAUCUGAUUGACCUACUCGUGCACUACCCGGACAGUCCGCGAAGGGCCGAGAAGAUUGACGAUCUCAAUUUGCUGUUCGUGCACAUUCACCACCUGCUGAACGAGUUCCGGCCGCACCAGGCGCGUGAAACGCUGCGGGUCAUGAUGGAGCUGCAGAAACGGCAGCGGAUAGAGACGGCCCAGCGCUUCCAGAAUCACCUCGAGAAGGUGCGCGAGAUGGUAAAGAACGCGUUCGCCUCGCUACCGGAUCUGACCGAUGCGGACCGUAUGGGCGGUGGCCUGGAACCGAUGGACGUGGGCGAGGCGGGGGAUUUGGCCGGUGGUCGUGGGGAAGGUUGCCAUCCGCUGGAUCGGUUAAUGUGCGAGAUCGUCGACCGGAUGUGAGCGGUCGUGGUAGACACCAUCCCCACGACCCCGUCGAGGAAACCAACAUUAUUUCAUUUCUAACCUGUUUUUGUAAUCAUAAUCCUUUGGCGGUAUUCUGUACUGGAGCAUGAAAAAUAUAGUAAAUUAUUAAGGAACUUA